GCUGCGCAGCGCGUGAAGGCAGAAGCGUCCAGCUCGGAUCGGAGCGAGGCUGGAGGAGCCCGCAUAAGCGUUGUUGUAGCGGAAAAUACCUUGGCUCCAGGCUCACACACUGCAGCUUCUGCGCCGCAGUUUCCUCUCAGGUUUGGUCAGGAGGAAGGAGCGUGCAGAAAGGGCUAUUAAAAAAAAAAAAAAAAAGCUUUUCUCUGACUGUGAGAAGUUUGUACGCGGAGUUUCAAGAGUAGUCUCCUCGGGGCUGACUGAGCUAGCCUGGCUGCCCGCUGCGCUUCCCUCCUGCCCCGGCCAGCCAGCCAUAAGUUAGCCCGCUGUCCUGCUCUUCUUCCAGCUGUGGGGAAUCAUGGCGCUCAGAGCCAAGGCGCUGUACGACUUCAACUCUGAGAACCCCGGGGAGGUGUCGGUGAAGGAGAAUGAAAUCCUAACUUUGUACAGCGAACAGGACAUUGAGGGCUGGUUCGAAGGGGUGAACAGCAAAGGAGAGAGGGGACUGUUCCCCGCUUCCUACGUGGAGAUCCUGAGGAACGACGCCGCCUCCACGUUCAACAACAACAGCUGCAGCACAUCUGGGGACACUUACCCGGACUCCAGAUACGCCAACAUCCCACCCGGAGGUUUUGACGGCUCGUAUACGCCUCAAAAUAAUAUUGAGAACUUUUCUAAGCCGUCUCCUCCUGGUUUAACCGCUUUCCCAGCCCCUCCACUACAACGACAACAGCAGCAGCAGCAUGCUUACCAGCCGCCCAGCCAAGUGAGCGAUGAUGACUGGGAUGAUGACUGGGAUGACAGCUCUACUGUUGCAGAUGAGCCAGGGACGGUAGGAGGACGGUAUCAUGACUUUGAAGGCAAUGGGCCAUCCACUUACAGAGUGUCAACAUCCUCCAUGUCGAGAGGUAAUGCACAGCAAGCAAAGAGCUCAGCCACAGUCAGCAGAAACCUGAACAGGUUUUCCACCUUUGUGAAGUCAGGAGGAGAGGCGUUUGUGCUGGGGGAGGCAUCAGGUUUUGUGAAGGAUGGGGAUAAGAUCUGUGUGGUGAUGGGUCAGUACGGUCCUGAGUGGCAGGAGAACCCGUACCCGUUCACUUGUGCAAUUGACGACCCCACUAAACAGACCAAGUUCAAGGGCAUGAAAAGCUACAUCUCCUACAAGCUGACACCCACCCACACACAAAACCAGGUGAACAGGAGGUAUAAGCAUUUUGACUGGCUGUAUGCUCGGCUGGUGGAGAAAUUCCCUGUUAUCUCAGUGCCACACAUCCCAGAGAAGCAGGCCACAGGUCGCUUUGAGGAGGACUUCAUCUCCAAGAGGAGGAAAGGCCUCAUAUGGUGGAUGAACCACAUGACCAGCCACCCUGUCCUGGCAAGGUGUGAUGUUUUCCAGCACUUCCUCACCUGCAACAGCACAGACGAGAAGGCCUGGAAGCAGGGAAAGAGGAAGGCCGAGAAGGAUGAGAUGGUUGGAGCCAACUUCUUCCUCACCAUCAGCACUCCAUCAGCUCCGCUCGACUUCCAGGAGGUCGAGAGCAAAAUAGACGGAUUCAAGACUUUCACCAAAAGGAUGGAUGACAGCACCUUGCAGCUCAAUGCCACUGUUAAUGAGUUCGCCCGCAAGCAGAUCAGUGGCUUUAAGAAGGAGUAUCAGAAAGUGGGGAUGUCAUUCAAGGUCCUCAGCCAAGCAUUUGAAAUUGACCAGCAGGUGUACUCUGCUGGACUCAACCAGGCUAUCUCCUUCACUGGGGACGCAUAUGAAGCCAUCGGAGAGUAUUUUGCUGAGCAGCCCAGCAAGGAUCUCGACCCGAUCAUGGAUUUGUUAGCUCUUUACCAAGGACACUUGGCAAACUACCCAGACAUCAUCCAUGUCCAAAAAGGGGCCCUGACGAAGGUGAAAGAGAGCCAGAAGCAUGUGGAGGAGGGCAAGAUGGACCGGGCACAGGCGGAAGGCAUCAACGAGCGCUGCAACAUCAUCUCUUGUGCCACGCUGGCUGAGAUCCAGCACUUCAACCAGAUCCGUGUGCGCGACUUCAAGGCACAGAUGCAGCACUACCUACAGCAGCAGAUUUCUUUCUUUCAAAAGAUCACAGGCAAGCUAGAGGAGGCCCUGCAGAAAUACGACAACGCGUAAGGGAUCACGUGUCUCAGCCGGUCGGUUCAGACCUUGGUGAUCAAUGGCCAUGCACCUCCCUCUAACGCAGACAGUGGAGUUUUGGCAAACAACAGCCAGCACCACACACUGCUGAAUGCUGUUCAUCCAGCAGGGAGGGACAUUCAAGGAGAUUACGCUCCAGUAAUAAUGAAAUUUCAAAUUCAGGUUUCUGUGUGUGUUGGCCACAUUGUUUGGGAACCGGGUGUCCUUAUUUAAGAGAGGACAUGUAAUUUAAUGAAGUUAAGCCAACUUGUAACACAAACAAAGGUCUUCUGCCUUUAGAUUUCAUGAGAAUCAGUGAUAAUGACGGAGCACCACUUGGUCCGGUGCGUGGGUGAAUUAAAUCUAGUCAAUGUUAUGACUUGCAGAGAGAGAGAACCUUAUAUCCGCUGCUGCCUACCCGAUGAAGGAUUUCAUAUAUCAAGUGUUUUUAGCCUUACAACACUGUUUUUAACUGACUGUUUUUAAGUGACUGCCACUCCAGGAGCAGUGAUGCUUGAGUGGCAGACACACUGCCUUCUGGAAACACUCAAGCCCUUCCUGGAAUCUCUCUCCUUGGACAAACAGGACGAAAUGUUUACAGUCUCCUCGCUGAGCAGCCACUGUCACCACCGUCUCGCUGUGCCUUCUGAUUCUGUCUCUCUGGUCAUUUUUGUUACUAGUUACUAAAAAAGCUUUAUAUACUGUAUAUGUUGAAAUAUAUUCUAUUUGUUUUUACAAAGCUACAACUUUUGCAGUCUUUGAAAGAAAAAAAAGAUCACUGUGGUUUGAAUGAGGGCAGUGUCUUUUAUGGGAGAUAAUAUUGUGCUGUUUUUUUGUUUUUUUUUGCCUCAGUGGCUCCAGCAUUGAUUUUCAACACUCACAGUGUGACAAAAUCAGGAUCAAGAGAGGAUUACCUGCUUUGACAAUGGGAACCCAUGCCUUACACAUGGCACAGCCAGCACCGGUGCUGAUUUGCGUAAGCUUGCCGAUUUUAAUGGACAAGUACGAUGGACGCUUACAAUGUCGCGAUACCUGAGGUUGUGUUGACGAAACGUGGGGGUUUCAGGUUUAGUUUUGGGAUAGUGUUCAGAGGCGGGCUGUUAGAGGGUAGAGGGUUCCUCACAUGUUUUAAUUAUGCUGUUAUUUUAAUAGCACACUUCUAGACGGUUCAACUGUACUGCUGUUUUUAACCUUUAUGAUAUCGGAUGCAUCAUGAAGAGAUUAAUGUAGAAGCAGAGAUGCAAAAUAAAUUCCUCCUUCACAGAAA